AUGAGGAUACGAAUACCGCCGGCCAGCUCGCUGGCUGGGCCGUGCCUUGUGCGCAGCUGCCGGCCCAGGACUCUGCCCUCCUUGGUGUCGAGGCACGCAGGCGACCGUCUUGAGGCCUGCACGGCGAGAGCGUCGAGGAAUUACGCCUCCGUCUCGGCAGCGCAACUCCAAUUCGGGCAGCCAGUGCACGAGACACACCCGCACAUCCUCAAGCCCGGCGAAUUAACACCCGGCAUCACGGCCCAAGAGUACUUCGACCGCCGCGCCCGCCUCGCACAGAAGCUCCCCAGGGAUGGCAUUGCGGUCCUCCGCGCCGCCGACAUCAAGUGGCGCUCGGGCGCCGUCUUCUACCCCUUCCGACAAGAGUCGAACUUUCUCUACUUCACGGGAUUCAACGAGCCCGAGGCCGCGGCCGUGAUACAAAAGACGGGCGAGAACCUCGGUGACUACGUCUUCCACCUAUUCGCGCGGCCCAAAGACCCAGCGGCGGAGCAGUGGUCAGGGCCCUGGAGCGGCCUGCAAGCGGCCGAGGACGUCUUCAACGCCGACCAGACGGGCGACAUCAAGAAGCUGGACAAGCACCUAGGCCCGCUCCUGGCGGGCGCGUCCCGUGUCUACACGGACAUUGACGUGCGCACAUCGGACGGGCGCCUCACCUCCUUCGGCGACGCCGUCUUCCAAGCGACGGACCACAAGGUCGGCAUCGACAGGCUACAGCCUCUGGCCAACCAGCUGCGCGUGGUCAAGUCGCCCGCCGAGGUGGCCAACAUGCGGCACGCGGGGCGGGUGUCCGGGCGCGCCAUCACCGCCGCCAUGCGCCGGCCCUGGGCCCGCGAGCGCGACCUGCAGGCCUUCCUGGAGCACGGCUUCGCGGCCGACGGGUGCGACGGGCCGGCCUACGUGCCCGUCGUGGCCGGGGGCAGCCGCGCCAACAUGAUCCACUACGUGCUCAACAAUGCGCGCCUCGACGACGACCCGGCGCAGAUGGUGCUCGUGGACGCGGGCGGCGAGUACGGCACCUACAUCGCCGACAUCACGCGCACAUGGCCAGUGAGCGGCAAGUUCACGGCGGCGCAGCGCGACCUGUACGAGGCGGUACUGCGCGUGCAGCGGGCGGGCGUGGCUCUGUGCCGGGCGGACAGCGGGCUGACGCUGGACGGAGUGCACCGGGCGACUGAAAAGGCGCUGCGCACGGAGCUGACGGCGCUCGGGUUUGACGUCGGCGCCAACGGCUCCGGGCGCCUCGAGACGCUGUUCCCGCACCACGUGGGCCACUACGUCGGGCUCGACGUGCACGACUGCCCCGGUUACGGCCGCAACGUGCCCCUGCGCGCCGGCCACUGCGUCACUGUCGAGCCGGGCGUCUACGUUCCCGCCGACGACGACCGGUGGCCGGCUCACUUCCGAGGACUGGGAGUACGCAUCGAGGACAGUGUCUGCGUCGACGAUACUAGCCCUAUAGUCCUCACAACGGAGGCGGUCAAGGAGGUGGUCGACAUCGAGGCUUUGAGGGAUUGA